UGAGCUGGGGCAGCGGAGCCGGCUGCGCGCUGCUGACCGACAAUGCGUGACGGACGGUGCCACGCUGUACCCUGAUAUGUUCUGCACCGACUCGAGCGACGCCACUCUGCGGUGCACGUCUGAUCGCCAGUCGCUGGGGACCUGCGCAAUUUACCAGGACGAUAACAUCCCACCGGAGUUCCAGUACUUCGCCACCAAGCAGGGCUCCAGGCGAGGGGCCAUGAUGGAGUACUGCCCCUUCAUUGCGCCAAUGAAUGGCACAGGGUGCAUGGAUGGCGACGAGGCCAUCAUGCCUGGGAGCGUUGUUGGCCCGUCCUCGCGCUGCUUGACUGGGGAGAACCUUCGGAUGGGCAGUACGGUUGUUGGUGACGUGUGCGUGCAGUUGAGGUGUGGUGAGGGCACGCUAAGUGUGCGGUACAGGGGCAGCGAGGAGUGGCAUCCCUGUGCACCGGGACAGACGCUGACGCCCCCGGCGCCAUUCACGGCGGGCAGCAUAAGAUGCCCCUUGUUCAGCGAUGUCUGCCUCACCAUGUUGAAGCACAGUGAUGCGAGCAGCACCGAAGCGGAAAGCCACCCGAAACACCUUGCGAUGAUCAGAAAUAACGAUGGCAGCGCUCUGGCGGUCACUUCUGCGCCGCCUCUUCUCCUCCUCUUCAUUGUGAUCGGCACGGUGAUUGUCGCACCCUGA